GUUGCCCGUCAGUCAUAGUGCUGUAGUGCACCUGAGACCUGACUCAAGUAAAUCCUUCUAAGAUGAACAGGAUUACAGCUCUGGAGAUGAGGUUAGCGACUACACAGCUGCUGGUGAUAGUGAUGAGUGUGAUGGUGUAUACCAGAGGUCAGGUGAUGAGUGAAUUACUCCCCCGGGGUACUGACAGCACCUCACCCGUGGCCACCAGAUUACUCACUAUACUCAACAAAUAUGACGCUCGUAUUAAUGAAACUACGCCACAGCUAAUCAAGUCCAAUGGCUACCCAGUAGAGAGUCACCAGGUUACUACGGAAGAUGGUUAUAUCCUGGAGCUACACAGGAUUCCUUGUAGUGGGAAGGAAGGAGCUGCAGCGGAGGGCGCAAACAGGUACAAGCUACGACCUGUGGCCUUCCUGCACCACUGUCUUCUCUGCUCCUCCUCAGACUUUAUAAUGAACACCCCAGACAAGGCUCUCGGUUAUGUCCUGGCUGACGCUGGUUAUGACGUCUGGAUGACCAACGCUCGUGGCAACACUUAUUCCAGGAAACACCUCACUCUCUCCCCACAACACAAACAUUUCUGGCAGUUUAGCUGGACUGAAAUGGCGAAGUAUGAUGUACCAGCAGCUAUAGACUACAUAUUGAAUGUAACAUACAAUAAGGAUCUUUAUUACGUGGGUUUCAGUAUGGGUACGACCAUCUUCUGGGCCAUGUUGAACGAGCACCCACAUUAUGCUUCCAAGAUCCGCUUCAUGGGCGCCCUGGGUCCUGUUGCUUACGUGGGGAAUAUGAGGGGACCUCUGCGCUAUUCUGCAACCUUUGUCAAUCAGAUAGAAGAUGUGUUGCAUCUGGUGGGCGAGUUACCUAACUUAGUUUACAACCAUCGUGUGCACGAACCUCGUUUCUCUCACAUUGACUUUGUAUGGGCUCUGCACGCUGACAAACUGGUGUAUCGCUACCUCAUUGAAGUUAUGUCUCACUACUAG